GAUAUUUGAUACCAUGUCGGCCACCGUAGAAGACGACUGCUGUGAUAUUUGAUACCAUGUCGGCCACCGUAGAAGACGACUGCUGUGAUAUUUGAUACCAUGUCGGCCACCGUAGAAGACGACUGCUGUGAUAUUUGAUACCAUGUCGGCCACCGUAGAAGACCAUAAACAUCCAGGAUUACGUUGGGAGUGCCCGGUGGUUUUCUACAUCAUUUGUAAACUAGAAAGAUUGACAAUCAUAAAUUCCGACAGGCAUCCUAGCCCAAUAGAGGAAAGAUGAGGCUGAAAGAGAUCCAGAGGACUGCUCAUCCAGCAUGGAGCCCUGCCCCCCACCACCCUAUCUGCCUGGCUUUAGGCACUUCAGCUCAGCAGCUGGAUGCGUCAUUCAACACCACUGCCGCCUUGGAAAUAUUCCAGGUGGAUUUUGCCGAUCCUUCCCUGGGCAUGAAGCUCAAGGGGUCCCUACCUACUUCUAACAGGCUCCAUAGUCUGGUGUGGGUAAACUUUGGAGCAGGAGAAGACGGUUUGGGAGGGAGACUGAUUGGAGGCAGUGAUAAUGGCACGGUAACGGUGUAUAGCCCAGAAGCCAUCGUAACACCAGGGGCAGAGGCAAUAAUAGGACAGUCUGACAAACACACUGGGCCUGUCAGAGCACUAGACUUCAACCCCUUUCAGAGUAAUCUGUUGGCGUCAGGGGCAAAUGAUUCAGAGAUCUACAUCUGGGAUCUGAACAAUUUCAGCAAUCCAAUGACACCCGGGACAAAGUCACAGCCUCCUGAAGAUAUCAGUGUGGUGUCGUGGAACAGACAGGUGCAACACAUCCUGGCCUCUGCAAACCCCAGUGGGAAAGCAGUGGUCUGGGACCUGAGGAAGAACGAGCCCAUCAUCAAGAUUAGUGACCACAGCAACCGGAUGCACUGUUCAGGGAUGCUCUGGCACCCUGAGGUGGCCACCCAGUUGGUCCUGGCCUCAGAAGAUGACCGCAUGCCAGUCAUUCAGAUGUGGGACCUGCGCUUUGCCACAUCUCCUCUCAAAGUCCUGGAGAACCACACAAGGGGACUUCUGUCCAUCGCGUGGAGCCAAGCAGACCCAGAGCUGUUGCUCAGUAGUGCUAAAGACAACAGGAUCCUCUGCUGGAAUCCAAACACUGGAGAGGUGAUCUAUGAAUUACCAACGACCAACCAGUGGUGCUUUGACAUCCAGUGGUGUCCCAGGAACCCAGCGCUGCUGUCGGCGGCCUCGUUUGACGGCUGGAUCAGUGUGUACAGCGUGAUGGGAGGAAGCCUGGAGGCCCAGCAGCAGAGCAGGGCUGAUCAGAUCUCCUCGUCCUUUGACACCAUGGAUCCGUUUGGGACAGGCCAGGUGCUGCCCCCUCUGCAAGUUCCCCAACCCACCCCUCAGACCACCCUCGUCGCUCCGCUGAAGAAGCCCCCCAAGUGGGUUCGUAGGCCCGUAGGAGCCUCAUUCGCUUUUGGUGGGAAGCUGAUCACCUUUGAGAGUCCUAAGGCUCCAGUCCAGAGCCCACAGCCCGUCCCUGUCCCCAGGCAGGUGUUUGUCAGCCAGGUCACCACGGAAACAGAGCUCCUCCAACGUUCCAGGGAGCUGCAGGCUGCUCUGCAAUCUGGAUCCUUGUCAGACUACUGCCAGGCCAAGAUCCACAAGGCCCCCACAGACUCUGAACAGGACAUAUGGAGGUUUCUCCUGGUCAACUUUGAAGAUGAAGCCCGGGUCAAAUUCCUGAGACUUUUGGGUUUCAGCAAAGAGGAUUUAGAGAGGAAGAUCUCCACCUGCUUAGGGAAGAACCUGCAGCCUAACGGACAUGGAGUGGAUGCCAACGAUCUGGCUGAGAAGAUACAGCUUCUCUCUACUCAGAGGUCAGAGGAAUCCGGGGAUGAGGUUGACUCCACCAAGACUCCGGGUUCAUCCUCGCCCUCUGACUUUUUCAGUCAGAUCCCACCACAACCACAAGACAAGGAGAAGAUCAGCUUCCCGAUUCCUGUCUCAGCAGAUGCAGAUGGUCUGAUCAGCCAGGCUCUGCUGGUGGGAAACUUUGAGGGAGCGGUGGCUCUGUGUCUGAACGAGGGGCGCUACGCUGAGGCCAUCCUGCUGGCGAUCAGUGGAGGACAGGAGCUACUGCAGAGGACCCAGCAGACAUACCUGGACGAGCAGAGGAACAGCAUCUCUAUGCUGAUCUCAUCCGUGGUGACCCAGAACUGAGACAUCGUGCAGAGCUGUGCCUUGGAGAACUGGAAGGAGGCUCUCGCUGCUCUCCUGACCUACGCUCACCCCAAAGAGUUUGCUCAUCUGUGUGAGGCCCUGGGGUCCCGUCUGGAAGGGGAGAGGACAGAGAAACGCUGUCUGCAGGCAUGUCUCUGUUACAUUUGCUCUGGGAACAUUGAGAAGCUAGUGGAAUGCUGGGCCCUGCAGAGGGACUGCUCAUCUCCCCUGGUUUUAGAGGACUUGGUAGAGAAGAUGAUGGUUCUGCGUAAGUCUGUGGAGCGUCUGAGGAACAGCGAGGUGGCUGUACAGAGUCCUGUCCUGGCUGACAAGCUGACUCUCUACGCUGGUCUCCUAGCAUCACAAGGCAGCCUGGCUACAGCCCUGUCCUACCUGCCAGACACCUCAGACCAGGCUUGUAUCAUGAUGAUGAGAAACCGGCUGUUCCACGCCCAGGGAGAGGGAGGAGCUGCAGAGGGGCAACAGCCCCCACCGUUCCCUUACAACAGAGUCCGGGUGACUGGGGGCGACCCUGCCCCUGCUCAGGCCCCUGCUGUCCCCGUCCAAGCACAACCACCGACACAGACACCGGGGCCCUACCAGCCUCCUCUUCCUGUGAUGUCAGUGGGUGGCCAGCCUCCUCUUCCUGUGAUGUCAGUGGGUGGCCAGCCUCCUCUUCCUGUGAUGUCAGUGGGUGGCCAGCCUCCUCUUCCUGUGAUGUCAGUGGGUGGCCAGCCUCCUAUGACUACAGUCUUCACUCCUCAAGCUGCUGCUCUCUCCAGAGGGCCGCCUCCUCCUUCGUAUGGCGGUCUGCCACCCUCCUCCCCUGCUCCUCCACCUAGUGGGCUGCCACGUACAGGACUACGGCCAGCCUACCCUCAACAUCCUGCCACUGCCCCAGGGUUCUCUCCACUCCAGCCAUUCCAGCCACAACAGCAGCCCAUGUCUGCAGGACUAGGUGGCCCUGUCCACUCUGCCUUCCCUCCAGGACCUGCUCUGCCAGGCUCCAGCCUAUCUGGACCCCCCCUGCCUCCGUUCUCUGCCCCUGGCGGCCUCCCCACCAUGCCCAGCCCAGGGCCACCUCCGUCAGGCUUCGCCCCCACCUCGCUCCCUUCAGGCCCCAUGCCACCCAGCUACCAGCAGCCUGGGGCCCCCGUCGGCAUGUACCCACCAGGGGGGUCUCACCUUCACAGCCAGGGCCCACCUGCAGGUCCCCCCUCUGGUCCGUACCCACCCCUGGGACCUGGGUACCCACAAGGAGGUCCUGGAGCCCCGGCCGUCAAGUCCUUCUCUGCUCCGUCGGUUGGUCCUCCUCCUACAGGGUACUUCCCUUGGCUGAGUACUCCCCUUGUUGACGAUGAUGAAGGUGACAGUGAGAGUGACAGACAGGGAUAGGUUUGGAUGUGGUGGGAUAAGACUGUUAAUGCAGACAGGGAUAGGUUUAGAUAUGGUGGGAUAAGACAGGGCUAGGUUUAGAUAUGGUGGGAUAAGACAGGGCUAGGUUUAGAUAUGGUGGGAUAAGACAGGGCUAGGUUUAGAUAUGGUGGGAUAAGACAGGGCUAGGUUUAGAUAUGGUGGGAUAAGACUGUUAAUGCAGACAGGGUUAUGGUGGGAUAAGACUGUUAAUGCAGACAGGGAUAGGUUUAGAUAUGGUGGGAUAAGACAG